GAAUGAUAAAAUGGUGCAUUCGUCGAUCAAACCGGGCCACACAUCCGAAGCCAGAAAUUAAAUUAUCAGCCACCAUUUUGUUUAUUUUCGCGAAAAUAACUAUCUACCCGGUUACGUUAGUGAUUUUUUAUACUCCGCCGUACUACAACGUGAUCAAGAGUAAUUCUGGCAAUGAUCAAAAGAUUAGGAAUGUGCUAUUAGCGUACCUCUAUCUUCUAUCGGGCCCUUGUGUUGAAAAUUGCAGACAUCGGCCGCGCCGCUAGUAAACACUCUUCGAAAAUUACCAUCUUGUCCUCCAAGAAAAAUAAAACCCCGGGUACGCAGGGCGUCCGUGUAGAUGAGAAAGGUUCGUUGAAAUUCGUUCAACGAAUUUUCACCAGGUCCAAAGGGACCGAUCCCCUGGCGUUAAAGGAAAUUUCGAAGAGUUGUGGGCGAGAGUCCCCCGUGGCGCGCCCGGCUAACAUGAACCACACGCCUGCCCCGGACAGGCAGCAGCACGACUCCAAUGUGAACCAGGUUGAGGAGAUGGAAACGCAGGACGUGGAGACUGUAGAUACGGCUACCGACAAGACGUGGGACGACGAACUUAUGAAAGGUCCCAACGGCGAGGUGGUGAUGAGCGAAGUAAUGAAGAAUCAGGAGACCACGUCAUCUGACAUGCCGCUUGCCUGCCUGGACACCGAGAUGGAGGACGACGAGGCGCGCUCGGAGGCGACGUUCCGUUUCACGGUGCACAACUUCAGGAACUUGAAGGACUCCGUGUUGUCCCCGCCGUGCUACGUUCGCAACCUACCCUGGAAGAUCAUGGUGAUGCCUCGCCAAGCGCCCUCACCCGACCGCCAGCAGCAAAAGUCCUUGGGCUUUUUCCUCCAGUGCAAUGGCGAGAGCGAGUCUUCGAGCUGGUCCUGCUACGCCAUGGCCGAGCUAAGACUCAUCUCCCAUAAGCCAGACACCGAACCAUUCUAUAGGAAGAUACAGCAUUUGUUCUACAGCAAGGAGAACGACUGGGGUUUCUCUCACUUUAUGGCAUGGAAUGAUGUUUUGGACCCGGAGAAGGGCUAUAUCAAGGACGAUUCUAUUACGCUGGAGGUGCAUGUCACCGCUGAGGCGCCACACGGGGUAUCCUGGGACUCCAAGAAACACACCGGUUAUGUUGGCUUGAAGAACCAGGGCGCCACGUGUUACAUGAACUCUUUGUUGCAAACUCUUUACUUCACCAACCAGUUGAGGAAGGCUGUGUACAAGAUGCCCACAGAAUCUGACGACAGUACCAAGUCAGUGGCGCUGGCUCUCCAGCGGGUGUUCUUCGAGCUACAGUUCUCAGACAAGCCGGUGGGCACCAAGAAGCUGACUAAGAGCUUUGGCUGGGAGACCCUCGACUCAUUCAUGCAGCAUGAUGUCCAGGAGUUCCUUAGGGUUUUGUUGGACAAGUUGGAGAGCAAGAUGAAGGGUACCUGUGUGGAGGGCACCGUGCCGCGCCUGUUCGAGGGCAAGAUGACGUCAUACAUCAAGUGCAAGAACGUGAACGUGUCGAGCACGCGUGUCGAGACAUUCUACGACAUACAACUCAACAUCAAGGGGAAGAAAAACAUCGACGAGUCGUUCAAGGACUACAUCAGCACAGAGACACUCGACGGCGAGAAUAAGUAUGACGCGGGCGAGCACGGGCUGCAGGAGGCGGAGAAGGGCGUCAUCUUUGCGUCAUUCCCGCCCGUGCUGCACCUCCACCUCAUGAGGUUCCAGUACGACCCCAUCACCGACAGCUCUGUCAAGUUCAACGACCGAUUCGAGUUCUACGAGCAUAUCAACCUGGACGCGUACCUGCAAGAGAAGCCGGAGACCCCCGCCGACUACACGCUGCACGCGGUACUGGUGCACUCGGGAGACAACCAUGGCGGACAUUACGUCGUCUUCAUCAACCCCAAGGGUGACGGCAAGUGGUGCAAGUUCGACGACGACGUAGUGUCGCGCUGCACGAAGCAGGAAGCUAUCGAGUACAACUACGGCGGGCACGACGAGGACAUGGCGCUCACCGUGCGACAUUGCACCAACGCUUACAUGUUGGUUUAUAUUAGGGACUCCCAAUUGAAGACUGUGUUGCAAGAGGUUACCCAGGCAGACAUACCUACUGAACUGAGCGAGCGACUAGCUGAGGAGAAGAGAAUCGAAACUAUCCGUCGGAAGGAGCGCAACGAAGCGCACUUGUACAUGAACGUAAACGUGGUACUAGAAGAGGCAUUCGACGGUCACCAAGGCAACGACCUGUACGACCCCGAGAGAGCGCAUUACCGCGUGUUCAGAGUACGCAAACAGGCGACAGUUGCUGAGCUCAUGGAAAUGCUGGCUGAAAACUUCAAGUACCCGCUCAAACACCUCCGUCCGUGGCCGUUCAGUGCGCGCUCUAAUCAGACGUGCAGACCGACCUGCCUGGACAUCGUGAACGACCAGCACAAAACCGUCGCCGACAUAUCAGAGAACAUGAACCCUUGGAACAUAUUUUUAGAGAUGCUCCCCCCAGAUUCUGGCCUCAGCACUCUGCCAACCUUCGACAAGGAGAACGACGUCGUCUUGUUCUUCAAGUUUUAUGACCCCAAGCAGAAGAGGAUCCAUUACUGCGGACACCAUUACCUGCCCAUCGCGAGCAAGCCCGCCGAUCUCAUACCUAUACUCAAUAAACGUGCUGGGUUCCCGCCAGAAACGCCACUCGUCUUAUACGAGGAGAUUAAACCCGACUUCGUGGAGAAGAUCAACAACUACAACGACCCUCUCGAAAAGGUAUUGGACGAGCUGAUGGACGGCGACAUCAUUGUGUUCGAGCGCGCCGACAACCGCCACGACGAGCUCGAGCUGCCCACCUGCCAGGACUACUUCAAGUACAUCUUCUACAAGGUCGAGGUCCAGUUCGUCGACAAGACCGUGCCUAAUGAUCCCGGGUUUACGAUGGAGCUAUCGAUGCAGAUGCGCUACGACCAGAUGGCGAGGGCGGUGGGACAGCGGCUCAACGUGGACCCUUACUUAAUACAGUUCUUCAAGUGUCAAAAUUACAAAGACACCCCGGGACUGCCUUUGAGGUAUUCGUACGACGGAAUACUCAAGGAUUUGCUUGUGUACUGUAAACCAAAGUGCCCUAAGAAAUUGUUCUACCAGAUUUUAUCUAUUAAAGUUAACGAAUUGGAAAACAAGAAACAGUUUAAAUGUUUAUGGGUCGGUCCAAACUAUAAAGAAGACAAAGAAUUAAUUUUAUACCCAAAUAAAGGCGGGAAAGUAGCAGACAUCUUAGAAGAGGCAGCUAAAGUCGUGGAAAUGUCGCCGGACGGUUCUGGCAGGUUAAGAAUCGUGGAGGUGUCGUGUCACAAAGUGCUGCCGGGCCCCGACCCCGAACUGACGCUGGACCAGGUGAUCAUCUCGCCGCCCCGGCUCUACAGAAUAGAGGAGAUACCCCGGGAUGAGCUGCACUUACAAGAGGACGAGGUGCUGGUGCCGUGCGCGCACUUCUACAAGCAAGUGUACGCGACGUUCGGCAUCCCGUUCUACGCGCGCGUCAAACACAACGAGCCCUUCCAAGCUGUCAAGGACCGCUUGCAGAAGAAACUCGAUAUACCCGACAAGGAGUGGGAAAAGUACAAUUUCGCUGUAGUGACAAACGGCAGGCCGAAUUAUAUAAGUGAAGGAGCAGUUAUAAACAUUUACGACUUCAGGCCAAGUAGUAACGCAAAUUUGUCCCUUCCAGACGCGACGGGGCGGCCCUGGCUCGGGCUCGAGCACAUCAACAAGACGCCCAAGCGGUCCCGCGUCAACUACCUAGAGAAGGCGAUCAAAAUAUACAACUGAGCCAUAAUGCACGCGCCCUGGUUAGCUUGACGGAACACAGCUGGUUGUGCUGAAGGGCGAGAUCAUAGCCACCCCCCGUGCCGCGGCCGCGCCCCGCGUCACCCCUCGGCGGCGACACCGUCGCGAGACUAACAGUUAUCCUCAUAAUUUAUUAGCAAUAAUUGACACCAUGCGCGGUCACUGUCUCGUACACACAGCAGCCUUAUAUACAUACACUUAAACGUACAUCGCAAACACCAAUAUUUGACUUCCUUAUAGAGCUAAUUAAUCUGUGUAGGGUCACCGGUUCUAAGAUGGCCACUCAUUGUAGUCCUGCUAGCUAAAUGUUUCUAAAUAUUAUACAUGUUUUAUAAUUUUAACGUAGCUCGUCUGCCCAGUAAGCAUUUACCGAUACGAGUGUCGCUGCAGCCGGGCCAUCAUACUUGUGAUGUUAUUAAUAUGGCAACGUUUUAGAUUAUAUCCAACAACUCGUUAUAUAGCGGGAGCCUUUCGAAACUCUUAAUGUUACGUUUGAACUGUGUCAAUUUAUUUUAUCGCCUUUUAGCAUAUCCAGUGUUAAAAUCGUGUUGUGGUUUCCCGUUUUCCAGAAAAAUCUGAUAUAAAAAUUGCUGUCUUAUUUAUAUGUUAGCAUUGAACUGGUCGGUUGAAGGAUGUAGGUAGGUUGUGUCGAGCUGGCCGCUGACGCGAGGCCAACUGCGCUCGACUGUGUAGCUUUGGUGAUUCGGCAAAAUUAAACAUUUCCAGAGUACACACAUUAUUUAGAUACGAGUUUAUAAUGUAACGAUUAUACAUAUAAUAUUUACAGUGUUUAAGAGUAUUUUAUAAUAGUCGAAUGUGCCUGUGUGAAAACGCUUUUAUAUAGCAUUGACGCCGCCGCGCGGCAGUGACGCGGCGGCGCUCGGACAGAUGUAACAUAGUAGCCACAGUGGAGUCGGCAAAUAAUAAAUUAUUAAGCAAUCCCCCCCCAACGUUAUAACAUAUUUUUGAUAAUAAAAGAACACUUGGAAGGCAUUCGUUCAGCCUUCGUACACAUUCAAGAAAUCAAUGUAACAUUAAUUGCUUACGAUAGUUGUUAUUACAUUAUUACUUUGUUUUUUUAACUCUCACGUUUUCAGUUUGAAAUCAAUAAAUUGUAUUUUUUUGCAUUUUGUGAUAAUAAUAGUUAUAUAUCGUUAUUUUUAAUGAAUUACACUAAAAUAAAAAUUAACUACCCAAUUAAUUGUUUUUGAAAUUUAACGCUGUCUUUCAUUGAUGCAUUGUGAUAGUAAUUGUAAUAGCGAGGCUUGUACAUAGCUCCUGCACUAUCUUAGUAACUAAAAUCAUGGUGAAGUUUCAGCUUAAUAAUAAAUAAGAUUAUUAUUAAAAUAACUGCACUUUUUGUGUAAUCAGUUUGAAAGAAAUUAUGACGAGUAUAUAUGUAUAUUGUAUAGUGCGAAUGUUUGAAAGUUUGUCGAAUUGCCAAACCUGCGUGCGCCCUGGAGGCGGCCCUGUGUUCAGGCGGCAGGCGGCUGGCGGCGCCACCCGCGCGGCCGCCGCUCCAGCGCGCACGCGACGAGCCUGCACGUAAUAGGUAUAACAUUAGCACGUAUUGUUAGUCCUGGCUGUAAGCCCGUCAGCAUCCGAACAUGUAUGAAUAUGUUACUAUUUAAUUUUUUACUUGACCUGCCAGAGAAAUGUUACGUUAUUAAUAAAUGAUUAUGUCUAAAUUAUGUAUAUAAUGAUGUAAUAAAUUAAGAAAAAAUACAAUAAGUUUUCGUAAAGAUGCCUUAGACGUUUUAAGACACUAGUAAUUUGAAAAGAUACAACCUACUUAAUUAAUUUAUACCCUUUUUAGUUGAUGUAGCUGAAACAGAGUGAUAGUUGGAAGGAUCGGCUCGCGUGCUUAUUGAUCUGUUAAUUCUGUUGGACUCAAAUUAAUUAUUUUUUUAACAAUGUGUGUUGGUUUCGCUAUUUCAUUAACAUGGUUUGUGGUAUAUCAGACAUCGUAGCGACAUAGUGGCUUAGAAUAUAUGCCGAAAAUAUGCAAAAUGGGAUUAUAGACUGUUAGUUGAUUUAACCUAUAUAAAACCAAGGUUAAGGCCUAAAGCCUACCGACCGCAGCCUGUGCAAACUAUUGGGAAAUGUUCCAAUGUUUGUUAUGUUGGAUUUGAAAUGUUUCACUGAAUAUAAUCCUAUAUUUGUUUAA